AUGUCGAUCCUCAGUCGGCUCCAGCUCCUCACCAGAGCGAGCCGUCCAGCAUAUUGGACAACAGCCCUGACGUUAUACCUCAUUGGCCAUUUGCAGUCAGGCAGAUAUCCCCAGACUGUUCCAGAGAUCAUGCUCGGUGUUGCGUUCUCGGCCCCUUUUUCCUUAGUUAUACAAGGUGGAGGUGAUAUCCAUGACUACGACUCAGAUAUAAAGAACCCAAGAAAGGGUCAAGACUGGCUAGAUGGCCGCUCCAUUGAGAAAGCAGAUCAUGCCUUCGUUUUGUUGGCUUGCAGAGUUGCGACUUUUGGUAUAAUUCUGCUUGCAGUACCCGCUGCAAUACAGACGCCUCAAGUCAUGGGCUACGUUUUGCUAUGCCUUGGGACUUCAUGGGCAUAUACAACUCCUCCAAUUCGACUUAAAGGACGGCCUCUUCUAGACUCGCUGUCUAGUGGAACACUCUACUGGUCAAUUUGGGCGAGCGGCUAUCAUUUACGGGGCGAUCAGACAAACUAUGGCAUACAGAACUCAAACUCAGGAGCUUGGACUUUCUGCUUUUGCAUCGGUCUGCAGAUGUUCGCUGCAGCUCUUGAUCAGAAGGCAGACUCUGCUGCUGGUAUUCGGUCAAUAGCCACAGCUUAUGGAGAAAGGCCUACUGCAUUUUUCUCGGCGACAUUCUUGUAG